UUGUUUUUUUCUCUAUAUUAUAAACCUAGUUUUCAGUUUCAACACCAUUUUUUUAGCUUUUUUCUUUUUCUUUUUUGAGCCUUCAUCGCAGUAAUGGAAGAUCAUGGUCCCGACCCUAAUAGUCCGAGCCAUGUUUCCGAAAGAAGUGAACCAGUGAGAUCAAGAUGGACGCCAAAACCAGAACAAAUCCUCAUACUUGAGUCCAUCUUCAAUAGUGGCAUGGUCAACCCUUCAAAAGAUGAAACUGUGAGAAUAAGAAAGCUGCUUGAGAAAUUUGGUUCCGUUGGGGAUGCUAAUGUCUUCUACUGGUUCCAAAACCGGCGUUCUAGGUCUCGCCGCCGUCAACGCCAGCUGCAAGCCAGCCUCGCAGCAGGUUCAGAACAAAGGAAUAACAACCCCCAAGCCCAAGCAGUAUACGGUGGGGGUGCAAUUCAGUAUGACAACAGUGGUGCGGCGGCUGCUGCCGCCAUGGGGUUUGCACCGCCACCUUUCCCCGUCGGUUCCUCCUCUUCUUGCGGUGUUAUGGGGGAUGAUGGGUUCGAGAAUCUGCUUUCAAUGUCUGCUCAAAUGGGGUUUCAAGAACUUGGGCAAAGCUCAAGUGUUUCAGAAACUUCAAAUUUGCACUAUCAAACUGGAUUCAUCACAGUGUUCAUCAAUGGAGUUCCAACAGAAGUUCCAAGGGGACCGCUUGAUGUGAAAGCCAUGUUUGGUGAAGAUGUGGACUUGGUUCAUUCCUCAGGUGUGCCUAUCCCCAUUAACGAGUUUGGCUUUUUACUUCAGAGUUUGCAACAUGGAGAAAGCUAUUUCCUGGUUUCUAGAGUAACUUAAACCUUGUAAGUUCGGAUUUAAAAUUUCAACAUCCACAAUCUCUUUUUCUAUUUUCAAGUUUGUACUAGAAAAAGUUGCAAGCAAGUGGGAGAGCUGCCAGUAUUAAGUGAUAAAUAUGGUAUCAUGUAACAAGUCCCAAGUUUUCCUAGCUAUUUUGCUUUAUUCAUAUAUCUCUCCUUAACUUGUUUCCUUUCUAUUAUCUCUUGCUUCAUAGGAGCUCAACUCAACCUGAAUAUUACAUAAAUCUACAUACACCUUUUCCACAAUCCAA